GCUUUAAACAACUUGUUGGCCCAUUUCAGGUGGGUUUUCCUUGGGUGGGACGCCCAGCCAUGAUACCUGCUCCAACGCUGGACGGCCAUAGACAGCUCCUGGCACGCAGCCUGCUGGCAUAUGGCGCCUUCGGCUUGCUACAGGUCGGCUACAGGCUUGCCUGCAGCUGGGCGCACGCACGGCAAGCACGGACAAAGCUGAAAGAGACGCCGAGCUCACAUGGCCACGAGGGCUUCAUGGCGUUUACCCUGGGCCUGGCGAAGAAUUUGCAUCGAGCUUUGGACUGGCGGCUGGAAGUUUGCAAAGGACUCCCCGUUUGCAAGAACUGGGGCUUCCCGUGGAGCUGCAUGCUGGGCAACAUAUUCAUCAACAACCCUGAGGGCGUCCGACAUAUUUUGAAGGAUGAGUUUCAAAAGUACAGCAAAGCGAUUCCUUCCCUGGACCCUUUCAUAAUCUAUUUCAAUGAGUUCAUGGGCAGCGGUAUUUUCACCGUGCUCCAUGGGCUGGGGUCUGUUGACAAUGGUCAGCGCUGGUUGCAGAUGCGCAAGACGUCAGCUCAGAUGUUCAACCGCAAGAACUUCAACACUUUGAUGCAGGAAGUCUUUGUCACCAAGGCUGACGCUCUGCGAGAGUGGUUGGAAGGAUUUGCAGAUGCCGAGCCCGUGGACAUACAAAAGGGGUUUUUCAACUUCACCAUGGACAGCAUCAUGAACAUCUUCUUCGGUGAGGACGUGAGCUCGCAAACAGGGGAUCACAACCCAUACGGCCAGGCCUUCGAUGAGGCACAUGAAGCCCUGUUUGUCCACACCGUCAACUCUUUGGCCUUCAACACAUUCGCCAUGACACUUCUCCCAUGGCCGUUUGGUGGAGCACAUGGACUUGCCAGGAAGUUCCAUGAUUUCGCCUCACCGAUGUAUUGGAGAUUCAGGAAAGCUUUGCGGAUUCUAGAUGCAGAGGCUCAUCGCAUGGUUCAGAAUUGUCGGAUCGAUGCGAGCUUGUCCCAAAGGCGUGACUUGCUGGCACUGUUCCUGCAAGCAGAGGAGGAGCAUGGCUACUCCGAAGGCUUUCUGAAGGAAAUGGUGUUGAAUCUGAUUAUCGCAGGGCGCGACACUACUGCUUGCGCUCUAUCCUGGAUGUUUGUGGAGCUGGCCCGAAAUCCUGCGGUACAGAGCCGUUUGCGCGAUGAAAUCGAUGAGAAGUUGCCUUCCGACGCAAAUUUGGAUAUGCAGACCUUGGCACAUGGCAAGCUGCCCUACUUGCAUGGAGUUCUGUAUGAGACGCUGAGAUUGUGGCCACCCGUCCCCUUCGAUUCCAAAAUGACUUAUGCUGACGACGUCUUGCCUGAUGGGACCCAAGUGUCCAAGGGCAUCACGGUGGUGUUUUCCCCAUACAUCCUUGCCCGAGAUGGGGAAAGGUACCCGGAUCCGCUGGCCUUUAAGCCGGAGAGGUGGAUCCCGUUCUCGGCACCCUCCCCCUUCGAGUUUCCGGUCUUCCAGGCUGGGCCCAGGAUUUGCCUCGGUAUGGACAUGGCCAUCUUCGAGGCCAAGGUGGCCGCGGUUCAGCUGCUCAGGCACCUCGAAUUCGACCUGGCGCCGGGCCAAAGGACCGGACACACAUGGAAAGCUUUCGCAGGCCGCAGAUGUCCCUUUUGGUCGCGGGUCUGAUUGGAUAUGGCACAAAGAUCACAAUGAAUGUGCGUAAUGGAGACAAGGAUGAAUUGUUGGUCUGCGUGCGGCGGCGGCAUUGACUUAAACAACCACAAAUACUGUGAAAUCAAGUUGGAUACAUAUAUAUAUACUAAAACAA